UGAGUCUGCAAGAGAAGUGGGUCUUGUCUGCGACUUGGAGAAUCGGCUUGCCUUUCCUGGGCCAGGCUCGGGCAAGCAGAUGCUUUUGGCUGGAGGUCGAGGGCGGCUGGAUCUCAAAGAGAUGCAUUAGUGACGGGAGAGGGAUAUAUAGAGUUUUAUUAUUAUGGACUGCCUUCUGCUAUCCAGAUGACCGAGAGCUGGAAUUUGAGCUUCCUCUGAUCUGAGCCUUGACAUUCAGACAACUUUCUUCACCAUGUUUGGCUCCUCCCGAGGAGGUGUGAGGGGUGGGCAAGACCAGUUCAACUGGGAGGACGUGAAGACGGAUAAGCAAAGGGAAAACUACCUGGGAAACUCCCUGAUGGCUCCGGUGGGCCGCUGGCAAAAGGGGAAGGACCUCACGUGGUACGCCAAGGAGAAGAAAGGAAGUGCGGCCCUCUCCCGGGCGGAAGAACUGGCCGCUGUCCGGCAGGCUGAAGAGGAGGCCAUGAUGGCAGCUUUGGGCUACAAGAAUAUAAAGAAGCAGCCGACCGGGCUGAGCAAAGAGGAUCUCGCGGAGGUCUGCAAACGUGACGAAGCCGAGCGGGAUGAGAAAGGCGUGGAUCGAGUGUUGGGCCUGGGGAGCUCAAGAAGCGCUGGGAGCCGGAUGAUGUUUUCCAAAGAAGACAAGGAAGCUGCUAAGCUGGGGCUUUCAGUCUUUACACAUCACCGAACAGCCAACAGUCCAGAGGUUUCUGCUCCUAAAAGAAAACCAGAGAAGGUAGAAGAAGCAGAAGCAAUACAGCCAGAGGCCACCAAGAGAGCCAAAAAGAAGGAGAAGAAAAAGAAGAAGAAACAUAAGAAAGAGAAGAAAAAGGAAAAACGCCAUAAAAAGAGAACUGCUUCGUCUUCUGCUUCCUCUUCCCCAGACAAUAGAGAAAGAAAAUCACGGCCUGCCUCCCCUCCUGUGCGCCAUCCAUCAUCCGCCCAGCAGGCUGGAGCCAACCGCCCUGACAGCCAUUCAUCACCCUCCCAAGAAGAACAGAAACUUCCCAGCAGGUGGCGCCACAGCCCGGCCUCUCCUGGCCGUGUCAAGGAAGGCACCCCCUGCGGCAGGCCAUCGGCAAGGACGCAUUCUCCCAAGCUAGGCGGGAAGGAACGGCAGAGUUUGAGCGACAGCCUGUCCCUGUCUCCCAGAAGCAGGGGUUCAGGGGGGCCGAAAAGGAGGAGAAGCAAGUCCCCCCCAGUAUACAGAGCGAAGAGGAGGCAUGAUACGGACUCUGAUGAUUAAAUAUUCGCUGGAAACUGAGGCUGUGGCUAUGGCUUUUUUUUU